AUGAAUUUAGUGGAUAUUUUCGAUAUCUUUGAUAAAGGUGCCUCAUUUAAAUCUAUAGAUUUAUUAAGAGCAGGGAUUCAAGACGAAACUAAAGAAUUAUGUAUACUUUAUUCCCAAGAUGGUAUGGAUAGUAGUUAUUCUAAAGCAAAUAGAGAAUAUAUAGAACAGAAAGACGUUAUAUUAUCGAAGGAGUUCUUAAAUAGGUUAAUAUAUACUUUGAAUGGUUCCCCACAUCGUCUGAGGAUGCUUAUAUCAGGACUACUGGAGCUAAUUACUGAAUCUCAGAAAUUCGAUAAAUUUGGUAUAUCCAAGAAACAACUCUUACCAGAUCCUUACCUUGUGCAAUACAAAGAAUAUCUAAAAUGGUAUAAAUUAUUGCAAUACUGCAAUAAUAUGACAAUACUAAACUGGAUAGAAAUUUUAGAAGAUCUUCAACAAUUUGUGAAAUUGUUUAAUGAUAACAGGUAUAAAAUAAAUCUGAAAUCUAGUCAUUAUAAAAUAUCUAUAUUGGAAAAGUCCUCUGUGUCAGAUUGGAUGUUAAACUUGUUGAAACAACCUAAAGACAUAUGUCAAGUAAUUUCUGAGAUGAACAUGCUCCAACAUAGUAUAACUGCAGAUCAUGUGAAGAAUACAACUUUAUGGUUCCAAGGUUUAACUCUAUUAAAAAACCAUAAAUAUAAGAGUAUAGGUGAGAGAUUCAUCAGAAAUGUAUUGAAAAGUAUAACUAAAACUGAUCAAAAAGUUGGUGUUAUUUCUUCUACUAGUGACUCCAUAAGUCCGUCACUAAACUAUUGGAUGCAGGUUUACUGCUAUAUUACAUUGUCACUUAGUGAGCAAAUUGUCAGCUUGGCACUGAAAUAUAUACAGCACGCAUAUAGAAUAAUAAAUAAUGUACCCAAUUUAUAUCAAAAGAAGACAGAUAUUAAGCUGUAUACAUUUACUAUGCUUUGUCAAUUACAUCUGAUAGUUAAACUGAUUGUAAGGCAUGGAAGGAGAAUUGUUGACUGUUCAUUAGGUUUUAACAAAAGCGCCAAUCACGAUACAAGUUUAUGCUCAAUAGUACAAUCGAUUAUUCAGAGGAUAUUAGCAUUAGUGCUACAUUCUUUAUCUAUUCUGAGUUUUGAUGAUAUAAUUUCAAUAUACAAUUGUUUAACACAACACAUAACUUUUAUACUAAAGAAUUGCCCAUGUAUUUUAGCAACUAGAGCUGUAGAAAAUAUAUGGUAUCACUCUAUUGAACGGAUGCAUACUCUCCAUAUACAAGAACAAUCAAUAAUACUUCCUGAUGAGAAAUUAAGAGAUACUGAACUUACUUUGCUCCCUCCAAUAGAGGAUGUAUUUCUUUAUUUAUCUGGUAACACUUUGAGUUCAAAUGAAGAAGAAGAAUAUUGGUUCCAUCAUAACAUCUGCUGGAAUAUCAUAAUACCAACAUUGAUGUUAAAGUACACAAAAGGCAGUGGUAUGUCUAGCUCUUGCCCCUCAUAUUUAGCUCAAUUAAUAGAUCCAUUGAAAAAAUAUAUGUAUAGGUGCAAUAUAGCAGUGACAAAUAAUAGGAAUUGUGUAUUACUUGGGAAGGAAAUUUCUGAGUUACAUCUUUUCCUAGCAUUAUAUACAUAUUACGGAUUAAGUGAUACCUUCAAAACGCAGAAGCACAUUACAUAUGGAUUAAAGAGACUAAAGAAUUGUAGCGAUUGCUUUGAUGUAUGCUCUUUAGAGUGUAUAUUUGAGUAUCUAAAACUUCUAGUACUUUUAAGCGACGGGAACGACGAUGAAGCUCUUGUAGAGAAGAUACUUCAGUCAAUUAUAAAUUCCGGAGAAAAGGCCUUCAGCUUCGCAUCUUUCAAAAAUACUAACUUAAAAAUUAAAAAAUUGAUUAAUUUUACAUUGGUACAAAGCUACACAUUAUUGGCAUUUAUUAAGAAAGAUAGUUAUAGAUCAUGUACAGAAGAAUUAAAGCUGCAUAUUAAUAGUGAAAUGCUGAAUAAAGAUGACAGUGAAUCUAGUGGAGAAUUCACAGAAUCAAAUAGAACUAUGCAACUUUACAAAAAGCUUACAAAUAAAUUAAUGAAGUCUUAUAAUAUCAGCAAAGAAGGUAGCAAUAUUUGCAAUAAAAUGCACAUCUAUCCAUUAGAAAUAGAACAGAAGUAUCACCAUUUCUUAAAUUAA